UAGGAAGCUUAAUGUAUGAGGCAACUCAAGUGGUCAGAAAAUGAAGGAACUGAGUUAUUUGCGGCCCAGAUAAGAACCUGUGUUUUCUCUUCAUUCAACUGGAGAAAAUCAUUAUUCGACCUUCAUUUGCUUGAUUUCAUAUACCAUUGUAGAACAGAUAGCUUGGAAAAUGAAUGGGGUUUAAAAGUAAUUAAAACCUGAGUAUCGUCAGCGUAGUAAUGAUAAGAGAUUUCAUUAAAAGAUUUUAAAAGACUGCAUAAAGGAAGGAGACAAAGACAAAUAAAUUAGGCCCAAAAACAGAAACACAGUAGAACCCGAUGGUUGAGAGUAACAGACCUUGAGUUAAAAUUGGACUGGGCAACACAAAUAUCUCUGAAAGACUCUCAGUUUCACAAGCAGAACUGAGUGAUCCCCAAUACUAAAGGGUUGAACAUAAACCUGGAAUUUACGUCCAGCUAACACCAACGAUUCUCAUUUCCACAUCAUCAAACCGUUAGUCACUCGAAGGAAUCCUGACGCUGUUGAAUAGGCUCUUAAAAAACCAGACUGAAAUAUGGCUGAAAUAUUAAAAUCAUCAGAAUCCCACGGUUGCUGUAGAAUUUUGGCCAGGAAAGAAAGUUUUGAGAUAACCCUAUAAGUCGUAGGACGCAAUGAAUCUAAGGUGGAGACUUUUUAAGAAGAGAAGCACGCCAUUUUUGAAUGAUGAAACUUGACCAAAAUUUAGGGGGGAGCUAAUACAUUUUACAGUACAAGGGAAAACGGCUUUAAAUAGUGAUGCUAGAAUAAUAUCUAUAGCAGAAGAUGUUGAAAUCAUUCUGUCCUCACAUUUGAAGAGAUGACUUAGAGAAAUUUAACUGUUUUAUACAGUGGGCUAGUUGGGGGAAAUCAAAACCUCUUUCAGAUGCAGGAGAUGAGCAGAGAGCCUAGUUGACUUCCACAAACAUCCAGUCUUCCUACAUAGCUGCUUCACAGAGCCAAGUCUUCCCGCAGGGUACAGACUUGAUACAGAGAUUUUCAUCUAGAAUUUCCCCAAAAUGUUUGCUAAAAACAUUAGCUAGACAAUCAACAUCAUAACUGCCGUGUCAAGAGAAAUAAAAACGUGAAGAAAACUUUUCAGCAAAGAUGAACUAAAAGAGCCAAUGAAACGAUGAGUUUUAGAUAAUUCCAUCCCUAAAGACAAAUAAAAAAAGACACAGGAGUGAUCUGAAAUAAAAAUAUCCUCAAUAUAAAUAUAAGUCUCACAAUUAUUGACAGAUUCCAAGUUGUCUCUGGUGACCUCCCUGGUCCUGCAGGUGAUGACAUGAGGUUGUAUAUAUUUCAGCUUCAGAUAGAAAUCUUUCAAAAUUAAGUUUCUCCAAUUUUUCAGUUAUCUGCCACACAUACUGCCAUAAACUCCCUUAUUUCACACAUAAAGUUGUCUCCCUCCAGCCCACCUGGUUUUCCCGCCCCGACAUCAUGUAGCUACGGUAACACACCGCCAUCUGGUGGCCGCCGUGCUAAACUGCAGCCAGUAGGAAAAGCUGGCCACGUGGCCUGAACAUUGUCCUGCCCCUUUGUUGUGUUUCACUUUGUGAGGAAGUAGAGCUGAGAUGGUCCGCGAGGAGUUGACGUUUCGUCUCAACGACGAGGAGUACAAGAACUGGCUGAAAGCAGGACGCUGCCUGCUCAUCCUGAAGGACGGCCUCCUUCCGUUCACCGACCAGCAGCUGACAGCUUUCCACGGAGAUUUGCUCAACCAGUAUCCUCUCCUGCGGAAACCUUGCGAGACCUCUUCCUGUAAACCCAGAGGAAAUACGCUUGUCUCGGUAUGCAGGGUGUGUUCAGAGUGGCAGAAAGUUAUCCUGAGACACCACAGACAGCCAGAUGCCACAAUCCACUGGACAAACUGUUUUCCCCGUUACUGGAGGACGGACCACUGGGAACUGGCCAAGGCGUACAUGCCACGAGGUCAGGCUAAGGUGAAGCGCGCCGACGAGUUUGACGCCUCCGCUCUGCUCAACCUGAUCAACUACUGCGACUGUUUCAGUUCCGUGGAUCCGAAGCUGGUGAGACAGGUGAUUCAGUGCAGGAACGAGCUGAUGCACUCUUGCGAGUUUCGGGUGAAGGACGACUGGAUGAGGCACUACAGGACGGCUCUGAGGCACUUUGUGCAGCAGCUGAGCUUUGUGCCCCACAUGCUGACCGUCGGGAAGCAAAUCGAAGACAUGCUGACCGUAGAUCUUUCAAUACGCGUGUUUGGCGUCGACCAACUGGACUCCGCUGGCCCAUCGGCCGAUUCGGACCCCGACUCGCCGGAGUCUGGCGCCGAGUCGGUCAGCCGGUGGGAAGCCGAGCUGCUGCAGGAGAUGCUGCGGGAGUGUCUGCGUGCUGGUAACGAGGAAGACGAGGAUGCAAAGACGCAUGACGCGGAGCAGCUGGAACGACUGCGGGGCUUCCUCCAGGCAAACAAAGAUCUAGGAGAGAAGUUCUCCUCCGAACUCCAAGCUAUCGACUCUCUGGAGGCUAAAGGAGGAGAAGAAGAUUAAAAGGGAACCAGAGUAUGUUUUACACUCUAUGUGGACUUGAAUUUAUUGCUUGAAAUGGGCUACGGUCAGAACAAGUUGGGGAACGACUGUACAUGGUUUAUUGUUUCGACUGUAUGCACCUAUUAAGCAGGUUAUGGAGGACAAAUGCUAAAUGUAACUUUUUUUUUUUUAAAAAAGAACUUUAGCUACCAAUAAUAUCAACUGUCUGCUGUAUCUAUCAAAAAUAUCCGAAGAUUAUUUUUUUAUAUAUAUAUAUAUAUAUAGAAUUUCCUGUUUUAAUACCAAAUGAGGCUUGACCUAAAGGGCUUUUGUUUUAUAUGUUUUAUUUUGGAGAAGGCUAUUAAUAGUUUUCCUCCACGUUUAACUACAGUAAUCCUCCAUUACGACAGUAUGUCUGUGUUUUUAGCAAUGAUUUGACUCACAGCUUUGAAUGUUCUCCUGUUCAAACAGGAUUAAGGUUCAAAUAAAUGGAGAAAAAGGAAA